AUGAUGCGCGACAUGCGGGAGCGAGCCGAGCAGACUCUCCAAGACGAAGAAAAACUCCAACGCUGCUUCAGUGUUGGAUGGGCUCGCAUGGGAGAGACCGCACUCGACCCGGUCUGGGUCUACCACACGUGGAAUGCUCAGGAGAAGAAGCAGGAAGUCGCGGAUGUUCAUCCUCUGAAACACACAGAGGCGCUGAAGCUCCUGGAUCUCUUGAUCGAGCACCUGCCCCGCGAAGGCGUCCUGACGAAGUUCGGCUCGACAAAACGCCUCGACCUCAUGAAGGAGUUCAAGACGGAGGUGGUACCGAUUAUGCUUCAGCUGGGCCUCCGCGGCCAGUCGAGCCAGCAAUGCUACGAUGCUCUGAAGACCCUCAGCGGCUGCUCCAUCAUGAAGCUUCAGGGAGUCAGAUGGCGUCCAGAGAGGGCGCACAAGCCUCCGUUGGCGAAGGCCUUGGAGGACGCCUACCUGGCCACCUCCUUCUGCGACUGGGCCGUGACGUGGAUCAUGAUGACACAAGGCACUGCUGUGGGAAAGCUGAAGGCUGAGGCGUGGGAGGGUCGUUGGGAAUCUCGACUUUCGGAACCAUUUCGUGUUGCCGACGCAGGCACGCUGCUUCGAGCUAUCCCACUGCCAAUCACAGGCACCACCCUGCAGUCCUUGCUGGAUGCGUGGAGUCAGCAGUAUGCCCCACAUGCGUUAACACUGCAUAAUAAUGUGCUUUUCUUGCAACUUGAGCGCUACGGUGCUGAUGCCAACAAGAACCAACAGCUGCUGCGCAUCCGGCCAGGGGAUCAACUGGCAGUUCCGCUGUUCGCUGAGCCUGCGAGCUUAGCGACAAGACACGAGACCUUUCAGGUUGUUACGGUUAUCUACCACAUAGGCCACACGGUUAAGAGUGGGCACUACCAGACUCUGCUUGGCCAUCCUUCGGAAGAUGGAAGUUGGGGUUUUCUAGUCUGUGACGACAAUAGAUCACCCAGAGCUGCCCGCAAGACUGACCUUAACUUAGUGGAUAGGAAUGCCUACCUGAUAGGCAUGUCGUGUGCCCUUAGCCUCCCUGUGCAUAUGCAAGCUGUUGCAGAGGAAGAACGGCAGCUGCUACAAUACUUGCACCGGAAAGUCCCGGCCCAUCGAUGUCACCCGUCGCUAACAAUGCUGACUCGCAAUGAAAUCAUCGCGCUGGCGCGAGAGUUGCUACUGCAGGAUGACUGGGCGUCCUUCUGCGCAUAUGUGGAUGAGCUCGCUCGCUCUGUCCAGCAGGAUUGUAUCAUUGGUUUCCCAGCGCCAAGCUACGUCGAGCUCACCCAGGUGCCGGAAGCUGAGAACCUAGCGGAACAGUUUCUACAGGAAGGCUCAGGUUCCUUGUGGUCCGCCGUACGCGAGGUGACACGCUGCCUGCACUUUGAGGAUGACCCCAGGGAGGUCGCUCAGGGUCAAACCUUCCGAUUGGGGCUUUGCUCCAAAGGCGGCAUCCUUGGGAUGACCAGGAACACCAAGACGCAUGUCUCGGUCAGCAAGCUGCUCAACGCCGCGGUGUUGUCCACCUACAGACAACAUAGGUGGACCUCGCUCAGUGUCGAUCUGAACAAUGGCUUAGAACCGCACCAAGACCGGGGGAAUGCGCCGGGGUCCAGCUUAUUGAUCGGACUGACGCAUCACCGCGACGGAGGGCUCUGGAUAGAGGACCGAUUUGGAGGGACAAUCAUGACUGUGGAGGGCCACCAUGUACGAGGCCAAGUCUUUGCCACGCAGGCACAGGCCAUCCUGUUCGAUGGAAG